AUGACAGAUCUACCUGAUUCAUCACCAUCCACUUCUAAUAAAAUAGUUCCCAACAAUGAGAACAUAAACUCAUCUGAAAAAUCUAAUAUUCGUGUCUUUAUGGGAAAACAGUAUGAUAUUACCGAUCCUCGUUUCAAAGGACUUAGUAAAAAUGCCAUCAAGAAAAUCCUCAAAGAUGAAAUCUGGGAAGAAACUAAACCAAUGCGUAACAAAGAGAAACGGGAAAAGUAUAAACGAAAACGAGCUGAACGUCAAAAACUUGAAAGUCAAGGAUUACUUGAACGAUUACCUAAACGACCAAAGGCAAAGAACAUGAUAAUUGGUCAAAUAGGCAUUAUUAUUGAUUGUUCCUAUUCAAGCUAUAUGAUCGACAAGGAGUUGAGUUCGUUGAGACAACAAAUUGUUCGUUGUUAUAGUGCUAAUGUACGUGCUCAGAAGGAAUCAUUCAAUAUGAUGCUGACAUCGUUUGAUGAGGCCCUUAAGAAGCAAAUGGAUGCUAAAGCCCCUAGUUGGCAAAACUGGAAGAAUAUAAAAAUAACAAAUGAAUCAUAUUUAGAUGUGAUGGGUGAAGAUCAAAAAGAAAAUUUGGUCUAUUUAACAGCAGAUUCAAAACAUGUGGCUCAUGAGUUGGAAGAAGGUAAAACGUAUAUUAUUGGUGGUAUCGUCGAUAAAAAUAGAUAUAAGAAUUUAUGCUACGAAAAAGCAGAAAGCCAAGGUAUUAAAACAGCACAAUUACCAAUUGGUGAUUAUAUCCAUAUGGCGUCAAGAAAAGUGUUAACAGUAAAUCAAGUAAUGGAGAUUAUGGUAAAAUGGCUUGAUUGUCGUGAUUGGGAACAAGCCUUUAAAGAAGUCAUUCCAGAAAGAAAAUUAAAAGAUAGCACCUUUAUUAAUCAACAUAAUAGUAGUAAUAAUAAUAGUGAUGUGGAAAGCGAAAAUGCUCAUGAUGUAGUGAAUAACGAGAAUGGUACACCCGAAGAUAAGGAGGAAAUUCAAGAGGAAAUGAAUACAUUAGAGGAUAAAAAUACAAGUACGUUAGAGGUCCAAGAGGAAAAUAAUGAUUAA